AUGGAAUGGGCUAAAACCUCUAAUCAAAAUAUUGCCAUGCUCCUGCUGGAUUUUGAGAAGGCCUAUGACCGGGUGGAGUGGGCAUUCAUUAUCAUGAUGCUGGCGGCCUUCGGUUUCCUGAAGGAAUUUUGUCAACUAGUUCAGAUAUUGCUUAAGGAUGCUUCUGCCCAAUUGGAUAUCAAUGGUUCUAUCACUAAUGCCUUCAACCUAGGGAGGUCUACUAGACAAGGAUGCCAUCUAGUUCCUGCCUUAUUUGUCAUCGCUUCAGAUGUGAUUUCCUAUUUGUUGAGAGAUGAGAGACUCCCGCCGAGAGUCAAAGGAAUCAGUCUUCCUAACAAAACUGACUUGUUGAACAUCCAAUUUGCUGACAACGCUGCUUUAUUUCUUGAACUAAAUGAAGGAAACAUGGAAUCCCUGACUAAUAAGCUCAAGAUUUUUGGUGAAGCCUCUGAGGCUAAGAUAUCUCAAUCUAAGUCCAUUCUACUGGGUUGGCUGGAGAACCCCCCUGAUUGGCUUAGCAAGUUUGGUUAUCAAUGGGGAGGGCCAUACAAACAGAUCAGAUAUUUGGGCAUACCCUUCUCUGUUUCUCCUUGUCUUAAGGAUAUGGGGCUUUGGGUCAAGAGCAAAUUAGACACUAAAUUAAAUAAGCGGAAUAGACACUAUUUAUCUCUCGCAGGUACAAUUCAAGUUUGUCAGAAGAUCUUGUCUUCAUACAGCAUAUACCAUGCUUCGAUAUGGAUGUUUAGUAAUUACAAAGUGAAUGAUAUUCAGAAGUGCAUUCAGCAAUUCCUAUGGUCAGAUGGGAGAGGCAAUAAGAAGAGGCAUUCGGUCAUGGGAGUGGUGUUGCAAGGAUAA